UUGCUGAUCGUUUUGGGUUGCUCGUUCUCUCUCUCUUCCUAGCACAACAUGGGUCGCGUUCGCACUAAGACCGUCAAGAAGGCCUCGCGGGUCAUCAUCGAGAAGUACUACCCCCGCCUCACUCUUGACUUCCACACCAACAAGCGAGUGGUCAAUGAGAUCGCCAUCAUCCCCACCAAGCCGCUCCGCAACAAGAUUGCCGGCUUCGUGACCCACCUCAUGAAGCGCAUCCAGCGUGGCCCCGUCCGUGGCAUUUCCAUCAAGCUCCAGGAGGAGGAGCGCGAGCGCCGCGACAACUUCGUCCCCGAGCGAUCGGCCAUCGAUCUCGACACCAUCGAGGUCGACGCCGACACCCAAGCCAUGCUCCGCGAGAUGAACUUUGGCAGCCUUCCCCGCGUCGCUGUCUCUGCUCACGCCAUCUCCGCUUCGGCCCCUGCCUACCGCGAGCGUCGCCCCCGCAACACUCACCACAACGCUGCCCCCGCCGCUGCUGCCGCUGCCCCCGCUGCCGCUGCCCCCACCGCCACCGCCUAAAGCUGAAUUGCGCGAUUCAAAGCAAAAAGGUUGAUUUUUUCUUCUUUUUUUGCAAUCGGGAUUUUGUCUUUGGUCUGGCAAAUUGUGCCUGAAUACAAUUUUCGAUACGAUA